AUGCACAUGAUGCGAAAACUCGCACCCACCGGAAUCGCUGCUGCUGAAAUUGGCGGCAUGACAAUUCAUUCAUUUUUAGGUGAACAACGUAAUUCGGGAAAGCCGCGCACCAUCAAACCAGGUGAUUCCAAACUUGAAAACCAAUGGAGACUCGUUGAGUAUCUCCUAAUUGAUGAGAUGAGUAUGGUUGGUUUAACUCUACUUGGAAAACUCAAUCGAAUUCUUUCCGCUGCCAAACAUGUCGAUCCUCAAAUUCCAUUUGGUGGCAUAAACGUCAUAUUUUUUGGUGAUUAUUUACAGUAUCGACCAGUAUAUGAUGCACCGUUGUACACUGACUUUUCACAGCCCUUUAAAAACAAAUCAGGUCAAUUACGUAGUGAAAAAGAAAUUCAACAACGCGCUGCACGUUCCCUGAUACUUCAAAUUAACUGUGUAAUCAAACUUAGUCAACAGAUGCGAACAGAAGAUGAACGAUACCGUGAAUUACUCGAACGGUUUCGUCAAGGUGGCUGUAAUUUGCAAGAUUAUGAAUUAUUGUCAACACGCGUCGUUGGUCAGCCAUCGGUUAGUUCUCUUCACGAAUCGCCAUGGAACGAAGCUCCCAUUUUAGCAUAUCGAAAUGAAGUACGAACACAAUUAAACAACAAAGCAGCAGUUCAUAAUGCAGCACAAUCAGGUCACUAG